AUGGCCCCUUACAGCUCCGAAUCCAGCGCGCAGAUCUACGCUGAGGCCACUUGGUUGCAUGGCGCUAUAGUUGCUGCCAUGUUUUACGGCGUGGUGGUCAUCUUGUCUUUCACGUGCUGGUGCUCCAUCUGGCCACGCAUUCGAUCGCAUGCCACUGGCUACAGGAAAAACAUAUUCUUCUUCUGCUAUGUCACUUCCUUGUUUGUGUUGGGUACAUUGUACAUGGCGUUCAGUAUGGAGGAGACACAAAAGACCUUCAUCUACAAUCGUCUAUUUCCCGGAGGUCCCAGUGCAUUCGCUAGGAUAAACUUCUCACUUCCACUUGGUGUUGCCCUCCUGCUUGCAAAUUGGGGUGCUGACAUAUUGAUGAUUUGGAGGUGUAUAGUAGUAUACAAAGACACCAGAUUACACUACGUUUAUCAUGGGACUUGGAGGCAUUUUGUUCACUACGUCUUCAUCGGGACUAUCUGGCUUGUCAUCAUGUCAAGCCCAACAAAAGCCACAAGCGGCUGGAUGUCCAUCCAAUUCCUCUUCCCAUACACCUGCAUUGCCCUCACCAUCAACAUCUUCAUCAGCCUCCUUACCGCCUUGCGCUUGCUAUACCACCGCCGCCGAAUGUCUAAAAUACUUGGCCCAGGCCACGGCGCGAUCUAUGCCAGUUUCGCGGCAAUGAUCAUCGAGUCCGCCUCCAUCUACUCAAUAUGCUCGCUUCUUUACCUCAUCCCGUUUGCCAUUCACAACCCGCUCUCUGACGCAUUCUUCCAAAUACUGGCCGAGGCACAGAUCGUUGCCUCACUCCUCAUUAUCUACCGUGUCACAGAGGGCAAGGCCUGGGGAAAAUCUGUCAGCACCCUCAAUAACUCUGCCGUGAACAGUUCCCUGCGGAUGCGUCGGAUCCCCCCGACUGUGGCCAUGACUGUUCCACCAGAUCGACUGAACGUCGAGAUAAACUUCGACGCAGAAACCACUUCCGACGGAUCCAAACAGCUGCCAAAAUCACGAUACUCGAAGGGAUCUACCAGUGAGGUUGAUGUCCCAGUCGGCAACGCGGAAUGA